GUAAAAUUCACGCAGAGAUAUUUUGUGGAGAAGCUUAAGCCCAUCUCAAUAAGGUCUACCUGUGAGUUGCUACAAACCACUCAAUAUACCAGUGGAUGAUGGGUAUCCAACAGUUAUCAAGAACAAUCGAUCCGUUUCCUCUUGUCGUUUUGCUUACUACUGUGCUAUCGACUCUCAUCUACUGCCAAAUUAACCAUGAUAGCCUGCCCCAAGGAGACAAAGACAUGAUGAGAUACGUUCGUGAGAUGUUGAACGGCUCAGAACGUCUAGUCUUAUUUGCGGGUGUCAACGGAGCAAUGAAAGAUGAUCUCAUUUGUUGGACAUCCAAAGAAAAAACAGAGACAUAUCCCACAUUCCACCACUACAUAUACUUUUGGAAGAAUGAGAGUAAGGGGACGCACAGGAAUCUUACGCCGAUGUACAGGCUAGCUGACUAUAGUGUAGGACCAAAAGGCGGCAUUCCAUCAAUUUACCUGUUAGCCAAAGACGAAGGAGGCGAAAUUGACGAAGGCCUAAGUGGAGAUUACAUCUUGCUGGGUGCCAACUCCACCUGCUUUGUUAUGGGUGUAAUAGAACCUAAAAAAUUACAUGUCAAUGGUCUACACCCGAGCUUCGACAUAGUGUUUCUCCUAACAUGGAACAUCUACAACGUGCUCCUCGAUCUACGGCGGCCCUACAUCAACAACUGGCUGGACCACGCACAACAGCCGGAGGCGUACUAG